GUUGUGGAAUUAUUUCUCAAACACAUGUUUAGGUCGGUUUAGGUUGUCGUUUUGAAUUUUGAUUCUGCAUUAUUUGCCUGCCUUGGAUCUUCUCAUAUUUAACUUGAGUUUUAAUACCAAAAUUACUUGCCCUUUCGGCAGAAUCUUAAACAGGAAAACAGUUUUGUGCAGCAGAAACAUAAAUGUCUGCGUUGCAAAGGAUUCUUCUUGGCACUCCAUACAUUUUUAGAGGGACCGCUGAGAUUUUUGCCAGUCCAUCCUCGAUAGCAACUCGCAACGCAUCAAAAAAAGCUGGAGGCAGCAGUAGAAAUCAACGAGGUAAAACUGCAAUCCCCAAGUUCCGAGGGUUAAAGAGAGCUGAAGGCGACUAUGUCACCGCUGGAACCAAGUUGGUCACGCAGCGAGACCUGAAUUAUCAUCCAGGGUUGAAUGUUGGAUUUGGUAAGAACGGCACUCUGUUUGCAAUUGAACAUGGCUAUGUCAAAUUCUCAAGCGAAAAAUGCGACCUAAACAUGGACCACACGUGGGUUCAAAGGAUUUACGGUGGAAAGGACAUAACGUAUUUGUACAAAAAAUAUGUUCACGUCAUCACAGAUCCUCAACACAACAGAUUCAAAAUGAUUGACUCUGUUUGAAAUCAAUAUUUCUAGUAAGAUUGUGUUAGUCGUCUAAAUAAACAGACCAUAAAUGCUUUA